AAGAUUAGCGUGUCUUCAGUACAAUAGAGUCUCAUCCUCAUUUAUUUAUAUCUUUUUUCUUACAUGUGUUGUGAAGUUGUAAUGAAUACAAGAGAGUGUGAGACAACCAAUUUCUUCUUGCAGGGGCUUGAGGUUCGAAGUGGAGAUUUACCUCAACCUAUAAUGCUUGAAGAAGGACAAGAAUUUAAUUUUACAAUUAAAAGAGGAGUCAGCACAGAAAACACUGUCAGCGUGAAUUAUGAUGCCUUUGUGAAUGAUGUGGAGGUUGGAGACAUGCUACUGGUUGAUGGUGGAAUGAUGUCUUUACUUGUUAAGUCGAAGACACAUGAUACUGUUAAAUGUGAAGUAGUUGAUGGUGGAGAAUUAAAAUCAAGGCAUCAUUUAAAUGUUCGUGGCAAAAGUGCAAAUCUCCCUUCAAUUACAGAUAAAGACUGGGAAGAUAUCAAGUUUGGAGUGGACAACCAAGUCGAUUUCUAUGCUGUCUCUUUUGUAAAAGAUGCUAGAGUGGUUCAUGAGUUGAAAGAUUAUCUUAAAAGUAAAAUAUUAUUUCUAUCAUCAGUUUGUUCAGUACCAGUUGUUUGA